ACCCAAAUAGAAUUUUAUCUUUCAUUCAAGCAAAUAAAUAAAUACAAAUAAAAAUUCUCAAAGAAUGAUAUUUGUGAAGUUGCGUUUAUCACUGUCUAGUAGAAGGCGUAAUAAUUCCAACUUUAUACUUCUGUGAAAUAAGUAGUAAAGUUAUUACUACUACUGUGUAAUGUAAACAUUUAUUGGUAUUUUCUUAUAAUUACGCACGAUUGCUUCGAAUUUUAUAAACUGCAAUCAUGCACGAAGCAUACGAAGCCUCUCAUAUACUGAAUGUGACCGUACAAAUCGAAGCAAUUGCUGCUUACGAUGGAAAUUUGUUGUUGGGUACCCGGCAAGGUCAUUUAUUGAUGUACUCAUUGUCUUCGAACAAUGGCAAUCAAAAGUAUGACAUACAAUUGCUUAGAUACUGCAAGAAUUUUAGCAAGAAACCUAUACAGCAAAUAGAUGUGAUACCAGAGGACAAUCUACUCUUGUGUUUAACAGACAACAUUCUGGCAACAUAUGACAUUAAUGGUGUUAAUUUUCCACUGGUUAAAACUUUUCCACAAACCAAAGGUGCUUCAUUGUUUGCUUUAGAUAAUAAGUCCACAAUAUCGAUGACUGGGGAGUCCAAUUCCAUAGUACAUCUUUGUGUGGCAGUGAGAAGAAAGCUUCAGUUGUAUUAUGGUAAAAACGGUGAAUUCAAACAACAUUUGUUUGAGUUCACAAUACCUGAUGUUCCUAAAGUCAUGGCAUGGGGUCAGCAGUAUUUGUGUGUGGGGUUCAAAGCUGAAUAUACUUUGUACGAUCUCUCAUCAGGAAAACCCAAAGAGUUAUUCCCAACAAGCAGUUCCAGAUCUCUGGAGCCCACAAUAGCCAAAUAUUCUGAUACCUCAUUCCUCCUGGGCCGAGAUCAGGCAUCUGUUCUGGUUGAGGAAGCUGAGGAGAUAGAAAUUAAGAAAACCAUUAAGUGGCCUGAGGCACCUAUUGCUGUUGUUUGGGAUGAGCCAUUCAUUUUAGGAUUAGUGCAAGAUGAAAUCAAGGUGCAAACUGUUGAACCACCACUAUUUAUACAAACCUUACCUGAACUCAAGAAAGCAAGACUGAUGUACAGAUGUAAGCGCGGCUUGAUAUUCGUGUCGUCUGUGGGGCAGGUGUGGUGCCUCAGCGCCGUGGAUGUGAACAAACAGCGCGAGCAGCUACUGAAAGACAAGCAGUUUCAGAUAGCAAUCGACUUGACGGUUCCAGCUUCGAUGGUCUUACUGGUAUUUCUGUUUCUUAAAUUUGCUGUGAUAUAUAUAGACACAAGUUAUAUAAUUUUCCUCAAUAGACCAUUUAAUAUUGUAAAGUCAACAACUAAGUACACAAGUACCUAUUUUACUUUUAUUAUAAAACAGUAUUUGCGUUUGAACAGACAAGCUUCCAAAAUGCCUCUUUUUGUUAAAAACGUUAAGGGCACUAUGGCUCUGUUACUUCAGAAAUUAUCCGAAUGUUCCGAGGAAGAGAAGAAGAAAUCGAUACAGUCUAUCCAACGGUUGUACGCAUACGACUUGUUCGACAAUUGUUUAUACUCGCAGUCCAUGAAGGAGUUCAUCAAGUUGCAAACUGAUCCUGCAGAGGUCAUUCACCUGUUCCCAGAACUCGAUGGCAAGGAGAGUGAGUGCUCAAAGAACAAGAAACUGAAAGGGAAGGAUCUAGAAAAUGCUUUAUAUGCGUUGAUAGAGUAUUUAGUGGACGUGCGAUCGGCCAUCGGGCAGAAUAAGUCGGAGGCUGGGCCUAGCCAGGAGCAAGCCAGCCGAAGGAAUGUCACUCAGCAGCUGGAGCUGAUUGAUACCACUUUGUUGAAGUGCUACUUGCAGACGAAUGACGCGCUCAUCGCGCCCCUACUUCGUCUCAACAAUUGUCAGCUGGAAGAAACCGAAAGGACGCUGCUCAAACAUGGCAAACAUAGCGAGCUCAUCAUCUUGUACCAAACUAAGGGGCAACACACCAAAGCUUUACAGCUGCUCAGGGAACAGGCGAAGCAACCCGACUCGAGUCUCAAAGGGUACACAAGAACUAAGAAUUAUUUGCAGAACCUUGGUGCGGAACAUAUAAAUCUAAUAUUCAAGUUUUCCGAUUGGAUCUUGAAAGAACACCCGGAAGAAGGACUGAAGAUAUUCACAGAAGACAAAGUGGAAGUGGAGAACCUCCCUCGCCCCAAAAUACUUGACUUCUUAUUGAGAGAACACGAGAACCUAGUGAUACCAUAUUUAGAACAUUUGAUACACACGUGGAACGACAACAAUCCUUUGUUCCACGAUGCCUUGAUCAGUAUGUACAGGGACAAAGUGACCACUAAAAAAGGCGAUAUAACCGAGGAAGAGUAUCAGCAUACGAAAGCGAAGUUGGUGGCGUUCUUAGAAAAGUCUCCUCAUUAUACACCAGAGAGGGUAAUACUACAUUUUCCCGCGGAUAGCCUUUUUGAAGAGCGGGCUGUUAUUUUGGGCAAACUCGGUCGACAUGAGCAAGCCCUGGCGAUAUAUGUACAGAUUUUGGGUGACGUAGACAGAGCGAUCCGUUACUGCGAGAACGUGUGCGACACAAUCAAGGACAAGAAUCAGGACGUGUACGUGAUCUUGAUGCGGAUCCUCAUGCACCCGGACAAGAGUGCGGCCCUGAGUGGGCCCCUGGCCGACGUGGCGCGCCACCCCGCCACCGCCGCGCCCGACCUGGAGACGGCCCUGGCGAUACUGGAGAAGCAUGCGGACAAGAUCUCGCCCUUGAAGGUAGACGUGUACGUGACCCUCAUGCGGAUCCUCAUGCACCCGGACAAGAGUGCGGCCCUGAGUGGGCCCCUGGCCGACGUGGCGCGCCACCCCGCCACCGCCGCGCCCGACCUCGAGACGGCCCUGGCGAUACUGGAGAAGCACGCGGACAAGAUCUCGCCCUUGAAGGCGCUGUCAGUUCUACCAGACUCGGUGCCGUUAAGCCGCCUGAAGCACUUCCUGGAGAGUGCACUGGACGGCCAGCUCACGCUCAAGCGCCGCUCGCAGAUACUUAAGGGGCUCCUCUACGCUGAGCACAUGCAGGUACAAGAGCUGAAGCAUUUCCACGAGUCGAAGAACGUGGUGAUAGCAGACUACGACGUGUGUCCAGUUUGCAAGAAGCGAUUCGGCAACCAGAGCGCUUUCGUGCGGUACCCCAACGGAGAAAUCGUCCACUACUCCUGCACCUCCAAACAACCUGUAGCUGCGCGAUAGAUUUGUGUCUUCUAGAUAAUAUUAUCUAUAUAGAUUUCAAUGAUGACGCCAUUUUAAAAUAGAAGACAUAUUUAUUUUGAUCUCUAUUAAAAUAAAUUGCUUAGACAAACAUCUAUUUUGUAAACGUUUUGUUACAACAAGCAAACUUCGAAGCUUGGGGAUGACGGCGUAUUCAUUUUUGAAAUAGGUUAUGGCAAUUAUAGUCAUAUAGUUAAAAAGAGUGCUGGAAAGGUCAUCAACCGUUCAUUUGGUAAAGUAUCGAGCCAUUAUCAAACAAUA